GUUUUUGACCCAUCUUGGUCCCUUCCAAAAGCGGACUCCUGGUGAGCUUGAGCGUGGCCAUGCCGAAGAAGCCAGUGUUGGUGACACUCGAGGAGUUCCAAGAUUUGAAGACUCAGCUGGAGUCUCAAAUCGCUGGCGUGCAGAAAGAGCUGCGUGCCAAGGUGCAUGCCUGUGACACUCACAUCGCUGAGCUCGAGGUCGCCAAGAAGGAACUGGCGCAAGGCUUGGAUGUGGCCAAAGAAGCCACAAAACGUGUUGCAGAAGAUGCGCAGGCGCACACGACCAGCCGCUACGAUGGCUUGGAGCAGCGCUCCGCAGCGCAGCUGGGGCAACUGCGAGUGGAGCUCAAAGCCGCCGAUGAGGAGUUGCAGCGGCAGCUGACAGCUUUGGAGGCGGAACUCCGUGCGCUGGUGGCUGAGGAGCUGAAAGUCUUGUGUGAUCGCGUGGACGAGGAGCUUGCCCUGGUGCGGGAGGAAGUGGAGGAGGCAGUCAAGGGUUGCUACGACCAUUCACGUGUUGAGCUGCAGAAACUCUGUGAACUGCUGGCGAAGAGCAUCGAUGAGAACAAGCAAGAGAUGUUGGUCACAACAACUGAGGCUGUGAAGGAGGUUAAGGACCUCAUUCAGAAACUCGCAGAGAAGGAGCAACAGGCACGCAGCGUGGAGGAGGAACGAUUUCAGCUUUCUGAGGCAGAGAUUUGGUUGAAGAUCGGCCGACUGCAAGAGCUCAUCGACGAGUCUGCCACCCAGGCAGACUUCCUCCAAACGACCAGGGAGAUUGAUUCCAAGUUUUCCCAGGCGAUGGACUUGGCCGAUGGUCGGCUGAGGGCUUUGGAAGACACCUCCAUCCGACUUCGGUCGGGCCUUUGCGAAGUGCAGAACGUUCCCACACGGAGGGUGACCUGGGUCAUCCGCGAAGCUUCCAAGAAGAUUCGGAAGCCUCUGCUGGAUGACGUGAAGAUCCAGCCGCAUGUGAGUUGGUUUUCACCCCUCUUCGAUGCGGGUGGAUGUCAUGGACUACAACUGGAACUGCAGGUCUUCCGGAGCAUGGACCCCCCAGUUGAAGGCCAGGAGGCCGGGGAUUGCGCCGCCUGCCUUUGGGCGACGAAGGGAUCCAAUUUGGUCUUCAAAUUGGGUGUGGGGAGCAGGUGGCAGUUGCUGGAGAAGAGGUUCAAUGGCCGUGUGCCUUACGGCACAACUCGUUUGUGCUUCUUCGUUGACCAGAUCAAUCGAGAGGACGACACCUUGAGCGUGUCCUGCGAGAUCCUUGAGGUCUUGCGGGAGUUAGAAGCACCCUUGCAGCCGGCGGCACCACAGCCACCAGACUGGAGGAAGGCGCUGGAGGAGCAAGGGAAGGAGGUUCCCGAGGUCGAUCCUGCCAUUGCGCGUGUUCGCGAAGACCCUCCACUGUCCUUGGAAGGUCAACUCUUCUACUCGAUGCACAUCAACAAUCGGCUCUACGACCAGGUCAAAGAGCAAGUGGAUUCCAUGAGAUGUCGCUUGGUGAAGACGGUGGAGUGGAAGAUAGACAAGGCCUCCAUGCUUCGGCCCUGCUUUCCACCUGGAGAAGCGCUGUGCAGCACUGAUUUCGGUGCUGCCGGGAUCGAAGGGUUGCAUUUGCUCUUCUAUCCCUGCGGAUACACCGGUGCCACCGACGGCUAUUGCUCGCUCUUCGUUUCUGCUCCUGCCGGGGCCAUGAUGAAAUGUGUGCUCUAUGCUGGAAAAGAGCGAAGGGAUGCUAAUCACACCUUCGAGCGACCUGGAGCCUUCGGGCGGACCAACUUCUGCCAGUUUGAGACGUGCGUGGAGGAUGACAGUAUCUUAAUACGUUUGGAUAUCACGGAGGCGCACCAAGACGUGGUGGCCAAAGUCGCCUCAGCCCCUCCAAAGCCGGGAGAGCUGCGGACCUUGUCCCAGCUCGAGGGCGUGGUGUCCAGCCCGGUGCAGAGUGCCGUGAAGUUGCGGCGGCAGCACAGCACACUGGAGGACAUCAAAGUGUUGCCCUCUUUGUGGACCGCGAAGAAUGCAGAUGAUCCCCUCGCCAGGCCACAAGGAUACCAUGACUUCAAUGAAUUUCAGGACCGAGUUGCUCAGGCCGCUGUGCUGCCAGUGGGCUCACCUGGUGCAGCUUUGCCUCGAACAGGGGCUUUGGUGCGGGGCAAGCGCACGGACAGACUUGACGCGCGUCCUCGCACUGCAGGCCGGCUGUCAAGACGUUGUGAGUCACAGCCUGGCUUGGAGGCGAUUGACUCCGCUCUUGACAGUGCGGAACUGAGGGGCCCACUGUGCUGGCCUCAGUUCCAAGUGCAGGGCUUGUGCAACGGAGUUCCUGUGGUUCCUGGGACACUUGGACGGGUUGCUGAAGCGGCGAAUGGAUGAACAUAUCCCCUCCCGAUGAACCAGAUCACCUUCCAGAACCUCGGUUUGUAAUGUUGUAUAAUCAGUUCUCUGAACAGAAUCGAGAGAAGACAACGAUUUUUACAAUAAGUUGCAUGAAAUUGCCAUGUUACGAUUGCCUCGCCCUUUGUCCAUGGAAAGGGAGGCGUUUUCAAUUUGAAAGUGAGGAGUCCUGAACGUAAGCAACUGCCAAACCAUUCAGCCAAACUUCUGUGACCAAUGCUCCAUGCCAUGUUCGUUGCAUGUCAUUGCCCUAUUCUCGGGUAGUUACUACUACUGCUACUAGUAGUUCCUAGCUACUAGUAGUAAUGACCUUGUUACUAGUAGCGAUGCCAGGAGCCCCUAGUAGCGUCCUUGCUCCUUGCCCUUUGUGUGGAUCGCCUGGUUGAUGUCCACUUCGCAUCGUUGUCGUCGCUGGAUCGCCUGGUAAACUCGUCGGUGGUGGUUGUCGCAUCGCAAAGGAUGGAGAUCCGGCCGAAAAGCGCUCUCAGUGGAAGGAGACUCAAAGGACUUUGACAUGAGCGACUUUUGAAUCGGCACAACAGCCUGAGCAUGUGAUGGCGCAUGUUUUCUAGC